AAUUAACACAUGUUCCAUGUUCUAAUUGCAAUAGCCAAUUUCCAACACUCUUCAACUGAACCGUGCUAUACUUCCUCUAUUACAGAUUUGACAUACUCGUUGAACGUAAUCACGGUAUUCAUGUUAUCCAUCUACCAACGCAUGGUAACAAUAAACACAUGCUGAGCACAGUAAUAAAACAUUGCAAAAUGGUUAGCGAACUUGAACUAAUUGAUUUUUAUGACGAUGAUUGUUUGCUAAUGGAUGACUUCACGAUCCAAAGAUUUGCCAAACGUUUCCCGAUGUUGCGCAAACUAGCCAUGGCAUUGUGCUAUAAUAUAACGGACAAAAGUUUGCAAUCGAUUGCUGAAAAUUGCAGCCAACUUCGAUGUUUGCACAUAAAAGAUUGUAGACUGAUCACGGAGAAAGGUAUACGGUCUAUAGCUAACGGUAGUGGCUUUCUGGAAGAUCUACACUUCGAGCAGCAACCAUUCAUUAACAACGAUUGUUGUCAAGCCAUAGGAAAGCAUUCGCAGUACAUGAAAUCACUUGUCUUAAUAAAUACUGGUAUCACAGAUUCAGGAAUCGAGGCGAUCACAUCGAACGCAAUUAAUUUAAGAAAGCUUAGCAUACGUGACACCUUUUUUCAAUCAAAAAACAUUGAAGGUUAUUGUUUGAGUUCGAUUGCAAAGAAAUGCAAUCACUUAGAAAAACUUCACGUGUUUUCCGCUAAAAUGGACGAUAAAAGUUUGAUGACGUUGUGUAAAAAUUCGCCACAGUUACGCGAGCUACAUCUGGAAGACUGUGAACAAGUUACGGAUGUAGCUAUCCAAGAACUGGCGAAAAACUGCGGAAAGUUAAGGGAACUCUAUCUACGGCGCUGUCCGAACUAUAGAGAUUCCCACUUAGACUUAAUGGCAGCAAAAUUGACAGAUUUAAGACGCCUCGACAUCCUUGAUUGCGAUAUGAUAACGGAAAAAGGAAAAGAGAAAUUUGAUGAAAAACUUCCAAACUGCUUUUUAAAUGUAUAA